CUUGCGUUCAAAAUGUUGCUGCUGCUGUUGUUGUUGCUGCUUGGCGCUGCCAGCGGCUACGAUCAGAGUGUUAACUACUGGGAGGCCCUGGCGCCUGGCAAGCUGCUGCAGCGUCUGGAUGCGCUGACGCUAACUGAAAUGCAGCCAGCGGAGGCGUUAGCCAAGCCACUGUCAGCACCGCUGGCUACAGCGCAGGCCAAGCUGGACUAUGAGGCAGAUGUCGAUGUGGAUGAUGCUGAAGCAGAAGCUGAGUACGAGCCUGAUGAAGCAGAGACAGAUGUAAAUGAUGAGGAUAUUUCAGCGCAGUCGGCUGAGACUGAGGCUGAGCCACAGUCUGGCGAGGAUUAUGAGCGCAACUACGAGCAGUUUGUGCGUGAGUACUUUGAUCGCACACCGCAGCAGGACGAUGACGAUGGCUACGAUGGCAGUCUGGAGACGCAAGCCGAGGCCAGCAAUGUGCAACAGAAGCAGCAGCAGCAAAAGACGCCAAAGCAAAAGCAGCGCUGCCGCAGCGUGCGUCGCCAUGGGCAGCUUUGUCAAAUUUGCCGCGAGCCACGCAACAACGAAGUGUCCGAAAGCUGCAGCUACUCAAUGGAAACACAGCCAGAGAAGUAUGCCUAUGGCAUGGGCAGCAAAUACAAGCGCUAUCGCCAACAGCCCGAGCUGGAGCACGAGCCUGAGCAGAGCGAUGAGCAGCAGCACGGCGAGCGGCCACAACGCGAGGCUGGCAGCCAAUGUGUGCGUCGAGUGCAGGCGGGCAGCGUCUGCUAUGAUUGCCAGGACAAUGGCGGGCAGCAGCUGCGUCGCUGCUAUGAUGCGGCCGCUGAGCAGCGCAAGUCGCACAAGCCACGCGAGUCGCAGCAGACGGAGCAUGAGCGCGAGCAGCGCAUCUAUAAGCGCACCAUUAGCUAUAGCUAUGCUAGUGGCAGCAGUCCCAGCUCAACGACAACGACAACUACAACCACGUUGGCGCCAUCGUCUACAGCAGCGCCACGUCGCAAAUGGGCCAAAAAGCUGCGCAGGCCGCUGGCAACAACAACAACAAGCAUCUUGCCUAAGAAUUGAUCUACCAAACCAAGUUGUUCAUAGCGUGCUAAGUUUGUAAUUUGUUUUUUUUUCUUCUUUUAGUUCCAAUAUAUAAGUAAUUGUCAAUAGGCUUAAAUCAAACUUG